AUGGGGCUGAGCAGCGCCGGCAAUAUAAAUGUGGUGACGUGUGCCCAGCAGGCUGUCCCCACGUCGGGAGCACCCAGCCCUGCAGCAGGAGCUGGGGAUGCCCAUGCCAGCCUCACAGGGACCCGUAGAGCCCAGCCUGGCACAGCCAGCCUUGCACAACCAGCCUCCUGAGAGAAGUACUACCAAGCCCUGGUCACAGGGAACCUGAGGAGCCUGCAGGUGCUGACAGACAGAUACUAUGAAGAUGUCAACCUGGUUUUUGAGAUCAGUAAAAAUGAGAUGGAGUGGCGGGUGAAAAGCCAAGCAUUUUAUGGACUCUCAGGGCUGUGGUCGCUGGAAUACAAGCAGGAGCUGAGCACACCGCUGUGCAUCGCCGCCAGCAGGGGCCACACCGCCUGCCUGCGGCACCUCCUGCGUCGUCAAGCUGACCCCGAUCUGGCACCGGGGGGCUGGGCCCCUCUGCAUGAAGCCUGCCGUGGGGGGCACGCUGCCUGUGUCGAGCUACUGUUGGAGCACCAGGCUGAUCCCAACCUCCGGAGCGACGAGGGGCUGGCCCCGCUGCAUCUCUGCACCACCCGCAACUCGCUGCGAUGCGCCGAGCUGCUGCUGAAACAUGGAGCCACCAUUGACCUGCCCAGCGAGGACAGCGGGGAGACAGCACUGCACGUGGCAGCCAAGCACGGCCUCUAUGACCAUGCCCACCUCUAUCUGAGGCACGGGGCAGACGUGGAUGCCCGCAGCACCAAGGGUGAGACAGCUUUGGGCUUAGUCUGCAGGCAGGACCCAGAUGUUGCUGAGGAUGCCCUGCAGCUUUGCAGGCUGCUCGUUGUGCAUGGAGCCAAGCUGGAAGCACGCGACGAGCUGCAGAGGAGCCCUCUGCACGAAGCCUGUGGGGCAGCCAACAACGUGCUGGUGAGGUUCCUGCUGAGACGUGGGGCAGAUGUCAAUGCCAUUGACUACAACGGCAUCUCCCCACUGGGCUGUGUGCUGCAGGCGGCUGCCUUCAAGCAGGAGCUGAGGCCUCACCUGGUCGUGCAGCUGCUGCUCAACUACGGAUCCCAAAAAAUAUGGCCCCACGCCUUUGCCAAGGUGCUGAGAUCCUGUGCAGCUGUGCCAGAGAUCAUUGAAAUCCUCAUCAACUCCUACUCACAAAUUCCCAUCUCUGAGAAGUGGGUGGAGGCUGUGCCAGAAGAGGUCCUGCAGCAGCACCAGCCAUUCUAUGAGUCCUUGUUCCGCCUGGCAGGCACAGUCCGGUCCCUACAGCACCUGUGCCGUUCCACCAUUCGGAAGAAAUUUGGCAGCCGGUGCCACUGCCUCAUCCCAUCACUGCCCGUGCCCAAACCACUGCUGGAUUACCUGCUGCUGGAACCUGAGGGUGUCCUGCUCUGAAUGCACAGCCAUCCUCUGCAUCUUCCCUGUGGCAGCAUCCAUUGCUGCUGGCCAAGCAGAGGAGCCACCGUCGUCGUCGUGACAGAUCGCUGCUUUUCUGGGACUUCUAACACAACCAAAAUGUGCUUUCAGCUGUAAUUUGGUAUCGAUUCGUUUGUUCCUUUCUUUUCUAAUUGUGCUUUCUGUGGAUUAUAAGGAGUAAUAAAAUGAGGAGUGGCUGCUACAGGCGUGCUGCAGGUGUGGGUGACAUUCAGGAUCAAGGAGCUCACAAGGAUUCUCACCCACUGCCCUGGCUGCGGUGCCACCUCCUGUGCCCAUUCUGCCUGUCGUUGUCACCAGGCACAGAGGAUGGUGGGUGUGCAGCCCUUUGGGCUUUGCCUGUGGUGCCUUGGCACAAAGCAGCAGGGAGCAUUUGGAUCCCCAUAUGAUUGACU